AUGCCGAUCGGUAGACCUCGCAUUCCUGGCACCGAUGCAGAGAGGGCAGAGGCACGGAGGAACAAAGUCCGUGCCAAUGUUCAGGCCUUUAGACGACGCCAGAAAGAAAAACAGCUUGCCGAGAAGGCGAGACGGUUGCAUGCCGAUGAUGAUGGCCCACAUCAGACUCUCGCAAGUCAGCCGCCGACGAGUGCUGUCCUCCCCCCGAGCUGUUUACGAGCAUGCGAACCUUCUGCGGUGCCUCUGGAAAACCCGGAAUUCUCCAUAUGGUUAAUACCCUCAGAAAUGGGUGCAAAGCUUGUGGGUUCGACUUACCACGUUGCCUUCGUUCAUGCUCUGAAGAACAGGUUCGUGAGGCUUCACUCAAUGCGUGAGCGAGCCAAAAACAAGGCUGAACAACAAAUGUCAAUAUGCUGUUCGACCUGGACAAUCACAGCAGCCCUCGAAAUCGACAGGCCUGAAACCGCAGUCCUGAUAGAAGCUCUAUUGGCGGCUUCGCUGACCAAGGUCGGAAAAGAACGCAGUGAAGCAGAGAUUGCCCUCCAAGGUGCCUAUAUGCACACCCGUGCGUUGCAAAGACUGCGGUACUCGCUAAAAAGGUAUCAAGACGGUGACAGGACUAUUUCCCGGACAGUGUUGUCUUCGACAGCGCUGAUCUGUGCCAUGUCGGAGCUGGUAAAUGACAAGUCCUGGGCUAGCUUCAACUGCCACUUGUUGGGCGUGGGGGCUCUCAUAUUCCAUGGCGGUGCCGAAGGUCUGAAUCACCAAUCGGCUCAAGAGCAUUUUUAUGGGUACCGCGCAAUCCAAACCCCGUUCCUGUUUAUGAAUCGGCAGACGUCGUUUCUGUCCGAGUCGCGAUGGAUCGAUUUCCCCGGGAAAAAGGAAGUAGAGCCUGCUCAACGCCCCUUGCAGUCGAUGCUCGAUGUUGCCCUCAAAGUGCUACCGGUGAUUGUCGAGCAAGAUACCCUGAAAAGCUGGAGCCUUCCUCGCCUCCGAGAGAGAUAUGAAACAGUGUGUACCAUCGUGGCCGAACUGGAAAGUUGGAGAAGUCAGCUGCAAUCACAACACCACGAGCCUUUGCACACCAAAGUCAUCGCCAGCUGGGAAGGUGUGUACGAGCAUCGCCUCGACUUCCCCGAUUCCUCGAUUGCUGUUGCAUUCACGAUGUACACAGCAGUCAGAAUACAAGUCGCAAGGCUUGUCACCGAUAUCUCAGAUGAGAUCAUUUCUCGUGCGCCCACAACCGAUAUAGACAGAAACUCAACGGUUCUGGAGGCAUUGCGCUGGGCACACCUUGCGUGCGAGAGCCUCGAGUACUUCCACACUGGCGAAACCAAAACUGCCGGACGGAUUGCAACGCUUUGGCCACUGGAAAUGGCCUGGCGGCUUUUUACGCAGCUGGAAGAAGAAGGUUCCAUGGACGUCUCGCAAGAGAUUGCAUGGUGUCGGUCUGCAGCUGAACGGUACGCAAAGCUUGGGAUCCCCCCGUUCCAGUGGAGGUAA